AUGGCGGCGCCCAGCUGGGGCGUGCUGCGCCCCCGGGUUCGGGGCAGUCUCCUCUGUCUCGUCCUAAAGCCAUUUUGUACCGCCGCCGCUGCUGCUGCCUCUAAGCCCCUGGACGCCCAGCAGUUAGCGGAGAAGCUCCGAGCCCAGAAACAAGAACAAAAGGCGAAGAAGGAGCCGGAGCUCAAAAACCCGGUCCAGCGGAGAGUGCACGAACUAGUGCGGUUCACGCAGCAGUUGCAACGAGUCCACCCCAACGUGCUCGCUAAGGCACUGAGCCGGGGGAUUGUCCACCAGGACAAGGACCUUGUGGUCAUCAAUAAGCCCUAUGGUCUCCCUGUGCAUGGUGGCCCUGGGGUCAAGCUCUGCAUCAGUGAUGUCCUGCCUAUCCUGGCAAAGGUGCUUCAUGGCCACAAGGCAGAGCCCCUGCAUCUGUGCCACCGGCUCGACAAGGAGACUACAGGCGUCAUGGUGUUGGCUCGGGACAAGGAGGUGGCACACCAGGUCCAAGAGCUCUUCAGAACCCGGCAGGUGGUGAAGAAGUACUGGACCAUCACUGUGCGCAUCCCUGUGCCCUCAGCAGGCGUCGUGGAUAUCCCCAUCGUGGAGAAGGAGGUGCAAGGGCAGAAGCACCACAAGAUGACGCUGUCCCCGAGCUACCGCAUGGACAACGGGAAGAUGGUGAAAGUGCGGGCCAACCGGAGUGCUCAGGUGGCUGUGACUGAGUACCAGGUGCUGAGCAGCACCGUGUCCUCCGCCCUUUUGGAGCUCCACCCUAUCACUGGAGUAAAACAUCAGCUUCGUGUUCACCUGUCUUUUGGAUUGGAUUGCCCAAUCCUUGGCGAUCAUAAGUACUCGGACUGGAAUAAGUUGGCCCCUCAGAAGCUGUCUGCCGGCACUCUGCGGAAGCUGGGGCUGCCACAGGCGAAAGCCCGCCACCUCCCUCUGCACCUGCAUGCCCGCCAGCUCAUCCUGCCUGCCCUGGGGUCCAGGAAGGAGGAGCUCAACCUGGUCUGCAGUCUCCCUCGCUACUUUGUACGCUCUGUGAGCCGCCUGGGCCUAAAGCUGCCGAGUCAGGAUCCAGACGAGCUACAAAGCUGA